AUGGCAAUAAAAUAUACUUUGCUCCUGUAAAUUAUUACAUUAAUACGCAUAACUUAUGGAGCUGAGAAACUUGUGUUAUCAGAAUUAACUUCCACCUUCUCAAGUCCUAGUGUUUAAUGGUCUUAAACUACUGUCACUUAAUGCCAAACAGCAGAUUUUACAGAAUUUUCAAACCAAAGCGUUAUGGGAUUUUUUGGUUUAGGUGCGACUACUUCUACUAGAACAUUUACAAAUAUUCCUCCUCACUGGAGUAUAUCAAUCAGAUUUGAUUUAAUACUUUACCAAUCUUUAGACAUUAAUGAAGAUUAUAUCUAUGUGAAGAUUAAUGGAAACACAGAUACUUAUGUUAAACAAAAUCCUGCUGGAGGUUAUUAUACAUGCAUUACUACAAACUAAUAUAAAGAUGAAUUAGUCCUCUACUAUUAUAAUAUUACGCAUUCAAGUUCUUCCUUAGCUGUGACAAUAUAAUCUCUAACAAAUGAGCCAAUAUCAAAUGAAGGCUAUGGUUUUAAGAAUGUUUAUCUGUAUGUAGAUACUUGUCAUGAUACUUGCUUGACUUGCAGUGGACCUACUGCUUCAUAGUGUCUAUCUUGUCCUCAAUAUUCUACAUAAACCGGAAAUACAUGUACAUGCAAUUCUGGCUACUAUGCCUUAAGCAAUUCGUGCAUUUUAAGUUGCUAAGCAGGAUAUGUUAAAGAUUCUACAGGUAAACUCUGUGUUUAAGAUUUUUGUAAUAGUUCUACUUGCAAUAAUUGUUCAAGUGGUUUAUGUACUUCUUGCAAAUCAGGAUUUUACUUAUUAAAUGGAAAUUGUGUAUCAAGUUGCCCAUCAUACUCUACAUUAAGUGGAUAGUAAUGCAUAGAUAAAAUGUCUUCAACUAGCUAUGGAAGCUAUUUGCUAUAAGCAAUGUUUAAUACUUACUUUGGAGAGGGUGAAGUUAUUGGGGCUGGUCUAAAAUUUACAGGAUUUCUAGGGUAUAAUUCAUAAGCUAGUAGAGCAUUGACUACAGUUUGUAAUGGUAAAACAUUACUAGGUGGAGCAUAUCUAAGUUCAAAGAAUGCUUAAAUUUCUAGAUAAUUUACUGGAUUAUAACCUCACUGGUCUAUAGUUAUUGGAUAUACUUUAUAUAAAAUUGAUGCAUGGAAUAAUGAAAAUGUUUAAUUAACUGUAGAUGGUUAGGUAUUAGUUACAACAACACAAAACAUAAAUGAUGGGGGAUCAAAUAUAUGUGGGAGAGUAGUAUACAAUGAUUAAAUUAAUUAAAUUUCUAAAAAUUUUACUCAUACAAGCACUUCACUUAGCUUACAAUUUACAACUAGUUUAAAUAGCGACCCGUUUGUUGAAUCCUAUGGUAUUAGAGAGUUAUAUAUUCUAGUUGAUUACUGCACUUCUAAUUGUUUAACUUGUGAUGCUAAAGGAUGCAGCAAAUGCUCAUCUACCUAUUUUCUCUACAAUUAUUAGUGUGUUCUUGUAUGUCCAGAUGGUUUUGCUUCAGAUUCAAAUAAAACUUGCUAACCAUGUGAUUCAACCUGCUUAACUUGCUCAACUCCAUAAAGCAAUACCUCUUGUGUAACUUGUAAGCCUAAUACAUAUUUAAAUCCAGAUAAAUCAUGUAAAAUCAACUGUCCUUCCUAAUAUUGGGGUGAUAAUACAUGGAAGUGCUAAUAAUGUAACUCUCCAUGUUAUAAUUGCAAAAGUCCUGGAGAUUCUAAUUCAUGUACUAGCUGCUCUGGUACUUUGUACUUAUCAUCAAAUUAGUGCAUAAACACAUGCCCUUCUAAUACAUACAAACAAACAUAAACUAACAAUAAUAUUUGUUAACCAUGUGAUAGCUCUUGCAAAACAUGUGAUGGACCUAACAAUAAUAAUUGUUUGAGCUGUUUAGCUCCUGGUUUAUUUUACUAAUAACAAUCUAAAACUUGUGUAUCCAACUGUGAUCCAAAUUAAUAUAAGAAUAUUUAGGAUCCAAACAAUUAAACUUGCUCUGCUUGUGAUUCAUCAUGUGCAACUUGUUCAGGUCCUAAUAAUAAUAAUUGCCUUACAUGUACUGGAAGUUUAUACUUAUAUUAAAAUAAAUGUAUUCCUAACUGUCCUGUAAAGUAUUAUAAUAACAUUCAGAACAAUUAGUGUACUUAAUGUGACUCUACUUGCUACACUUGCAGUGGAGCAGCUCCUAAUAACUGUAAAUCUUGCUAGUUACCAUUAUAUUUUGAUUCUGGGUCAAAUCAGUGCGUUCAGUAAUGUAGUUCAAAUUAAUAUCCUGAUUCAGUCUCAAUUUCAUGCUAAUCAUGUGAUCCUUCAUGUUUGACAUGUGAUGGUCCUACUGAUUCAAACUGCAAAAGUUGCAAACAAGGAUUAUUUUUGUAAAAUAAUUAAUGUAAAUCCAAAUGUGAUGAUUCUAAUUAUGUUGUGCCUCAAACUAAUAUUUGCUAAAAAUGUGACUCUACAUGCUUAACCUGUUCUGGACCUUCAUAAUCUGAAUGUCUUUCUUGUUCAUCUUAAUUAAUCUUUUUAAAUAAUUCCUGCCUUUCAGAAUGUCCUAAUAACUACUUUACUGAUUAGUAGUAAUAGACCAAAGAAUGUAAAGAAUGUCAUAAAUAUUGUAAAAUGGGAUGUAAAGGUCCUUUAGAGGAGGAUUGUGAUUCAAUCAAAUAUUAAUAUCAAAUCAUAUUUUACAUACUAACUGGUAAAUGCUUUAUUUGGAUUGCUUCUUCGCUUUCUGGUUAUUUCUAUGAUAAAAAAUAAUCCAAAAUAUUUACAGAUACUAACUUCCCUCCUCUUUCUGUUAAUAGUGAUAAGAUUUCUAAUUUAUUUGCAAGAUAGAGCGAAAACUAAUUUUUGUAAGAAAAUAAUAAUAAAAAUGAAGAAAAAUAGUAAAUAUAAACUGCAACAGAGGCGCCCUCACAAUAAAAUGAUAAAGAUCUAAUAGCGCAACAGCUGCAAACUUUGCAAUUUUAAAUGAAAAUUGAAUUAGAUAAAAUGAAAAGAGUCGGAAACAGAAGACCUAGAUAAAAAUUUUACAAAUAACCUUUUUAUGAUAAAUCAUCUCAAAUUUUUGAGUGCUAAUUACCUCAUAUGAACGCAAAUUAACCCACUCUUACUAAGAGCCUUAACUAGUUUGUGCCCACUUAGACAAAUCUUAUUGAUCCAUCUUAUUUAUCUAAUUAAAAAGAGUUGAAUAAAAGAGGAGUUUAGGUUAUAUUACCUUACAUUUAUAAGUAUCAAGCAAAUCAAAUAUUUAAGUUUACCUUAUUAGGAAAUGAAUGGGUAUCUUUAUUUUAUUUUUAUGAUACAGAAACAACUAGGUUUAUAAGAGCAACUCUAAUAUUUUUAAAAUACUAAGCAUUUUUCUUAUCAACUGAAUUUGUUUAUGAAAGCUUUUAGUAUUUGCUAAUUUUAGCUUUGUUAUUCAGUAUAACAGUUAAAUAAGCUUUUAAGAUUAUACAUUUAGUAUUGGUGAGAAAAUCUUUUAAAUUAAUAGCAGCCUUUGUGUUCUUUUUCAUCGCAAUUUUGGGCAUACAUGCGUAUUUUUGGUUUGUACCUUAACUAGAAUCUUUAAAGUUUUUAAAAGAUAAAACUUGGAGUAUUUACUAUGGAAUACUCUUUGGAGCUGAUUUCAUUAUAUUUUAAUAAUUAUUCAGCUUCAUUGAGUAUAUCUUUACUAUUAAGUAUUUAAAUGCAUUAUAUAAUGAAAAUAAACUUGCUAACAUGUACAAAUACUUAGCUAACGAAUAUUUUAUAUAAAAAAUAAGAUGA